AUGGGUUAUCAGUGUGGGGUGGUUGAGGGAGUGCGAGACAGUGUGGGCAGAAUGCCUACAGAAAGCUGGCUACAUGCCAUCAUUGUGGCUGCUCAUAGAGAUGAAGUACAAAAUGAAGACCAAAAAAACGAGCUUCCGGAAGACGGAGAAACACAUACUGCUAUAAGCAAAUACCUUAACCAACAACAGGUCUUAACUCAAACGUCCAUAUUACCUUGCUCAGUAUGCAAGGAGGAAAUAGACAUAGAUAAAAUUUUUCACCAUAAGAAACAACAUGAAGCUUUGGCUACACUGGGUUUCCAAUGGAUGGAUAAAAAGAAACCACAAACCAUAAUUAUUGCUCUUAAAAGACAGUUUGUAAUUUCUAAGCUCUUCUCAUCUUUUAUGUUCACUGAAAAACUCCUACAGACCAUAAAUAAUGCUACCGAGCUGCUUAAUGAUAAAAACGUACCAGGAUACUUUAAGUUACUUGGUGAUAUUGAAAAGAGUUCUGUAUACUCUCAAAAAAUCAGUCAUCCGUUAAUUAAAGGGGUAGCCAUCUGCCAAGAUAGAAAUUCCUUAUGGAGAUCAGACAUGAAUGAUAAGUUCACAAUAGUGAAUACUUUUGGCAAUAAACCCAACAUGUGUUUUUUUGGUUUGUUUGAUGGACACCACGGGGUCUACGCAGCUGACUUAGCCUCAAAGGAACUUCCAAUUUUAAUUCUCCAUCAACUUUCCAAAUUCAAUGCUUCCUAUCAAAUGAGCCCGGAACAGCAAAAGUUUAUCCAUUCCUUUUGCACCGUGUUCAGAGAAGAAUAUGUAACGAUUGAAGAACAUUUCUCUUCCAUAUACAGAAUGAGAAGAACAGAAAAGCGUGACUAUGAAAAAAUUCAUAAAGCUUUUGCGAAAGCCUUUUGGAGAAUGGAUAGACUUUUACGUCUCGGAAGAAAUGAGGUUUCCCAUGUCAGAUGGAGUGGCUGCUCAGCAUUGACUUGUCUUUUGGAAGGCCCCAGUAAAAACCCCCAUGCUAGUAAGAGCAGGAGAAGAUCCAAGAGCAUAGAUGCCAACAGCAUUUUUCCACCACUGAUGCCAAAUACAAUUUCUGGAGUAUUACACAUUGCAAAUAUUGGUAACGUGCAAGCACUUUUAUGCAGAAAUGGCAAAGGAUUCUGCUUAACCAAAGAACAUACCACACGGAACAUCAAUGAGAGAAAAAGAGUGCUUGACGGUGGAGCAGUAAUUAGCCCCAACGAACUAAGUGGGCUCCUAGAAGGACAAAUAAAAACCACACGAGGAUUUGGAUUUCAUGGCAACCCCCAACUGAAAAAGUUCUUUAUCCCAGCACCUCAAACCAUUUCUGUCCCUAUAGAUGAUUUGUGUCAGUUCCUUUUGCUAGCUACUAAUGGACUUUGGGAAGUUUUGGAUAAAAAGGAAGUCACUUCACUGAUAAUAACAUUGUUUCAGAUGUAUACAGAAGCGUACCAUUUUGUCACACGACGCAAAUCUUCACCACUCAAAGAGCUUCUGCUUAUUUCCAACGGUGGCACAGAUAUUACUAAAUCAGACAGCAACAUCCAUAUACUAUUUCAGAAUAUAGAGGAAUCUAAAGACCAUGUGUCAAUUACAAAUACAAACAAGAUUUCUGGCUCAAAAUAUGCUGAAUACCACUCUUCUAGCCCUAAAAAUGUGGGAACACGUCCAUCAAAGAUGACUAAUCAUACACUUUUCAGAAAGGCAGAAGAAACGGACAGACCCAACACUGUAGACAGUUUGCAAAUAAGCAGAAACAAAUCACAAGCUAAGGAUUUCUAUGAAGGUGCGGCUGAGUAUGUCAGCCGUGAACUCGUAAAUGCUGCCUUGCGGGCUGGUUCCAGAGACAACAUCACAGUUAUGUUAAUAUUUCUCAGUGGAAGUGAGUAUCCAGUGCUGCCAUAA